AUGGAUUCUCUGUCGUCGGUAUCGCCGUCAAUCGUGCUCCCACUCCGCUGCCACCACCACCACCACCACCACUACCACCACCGGCGGCGGCUAACGGACGUCUCCGCCACAUGCGGCAAUUCAAUCGAUCGAUUACGUAUUUCGGAUCGAUUUUGUAGGGGAUAUCCGAUUUCUAGGGUUCGCUGUAAAUUGGGCGGGGAAAAUGAUCGGCAAGGCGAGAACGAUCGGAGGGACGAGGAGCUGGACAGGGCCUUGCGGAUGGACGGUGCGAUCCCCGGGACCUCCGACGCGUUCGUGAAGCAGGUGUCCUCACGCGCCUACGAUAUGCGCAGGCACCUCCAACAGAGUUUUGAUAGCAGCAGCUAUGAUGUACUUGAGGCAAAUCCUUGGCGCGAGUCUUCGAAAUCCGUUUAUGUGCUGACUCACCAGGAAAACCAGCUGUGUACAAUGAAAACACGUAGAAACCGCAGUGGUACUCACACAUGUAGUGAAGUUGAACGGGAGCUCGGACUUCUGUUUUCUAAAGGUGGGAUGAGGAGAAACCAGUCGAAACAGUCACGAACAGACAACCAAUUCCAGAUGCUCGUUGAGGAUGUCCGAGAGGGUGUACUCGUAUUCGAAGAUCAAAACGACGCUGCAAGGUACUGUGACUUGCUCCAAGGAGGCGGAGGACCAGGUUGUGAAGGUGUUGCCGAGAUAGAAGCCUCAUCAGUCUUUGACCUGUGCCAGAAGAACAGGGCACUUGCUGUUUUGUUUCGUAGGGGGCGAACACCACCUCUACCAGAGAGCCUCAAGCUCGACCUUGGGGCACGAAAACGGUCCCUUGAAGACCAAGAGGACUCAAUUUGAAUAAGACGAGACUUUGGAUACUGUACUGUAAUUUCUGAUAUUUUUUCUUUUUUUUUUUCGUGACAGAAUUUAGGCAUAAUUACAAAAAUGGCAUAAUGUAUAAAAUUACAUGAUGAACUAGUUUGUUCUGUUUGCUGUUCUAUUAGAUUACAUUCCUACUGCAUAUGUCAACUGUUGCCUGAAGAUGAAUAAAUUAUUAAUGUGGAAUUCUAAUAUAAGGUUAA